CCCCGGAGCACGACCAUUGGGCUGGACGAGGCUGCCCGGCGGCAGCGCGGCCCCGAGGAGUGGCGGACGGACGUGGAGCAGUUCCACGAGGCGCAGUUCCGAGCCGUGAUGGCAGCCCUGGACAGCGGCGAGGAGGCCGGGGACAGCGGCGACGAGGAGGAGGAGGAGGAGGAGGUGCUGGGGCUGCAGCUGCCCGAGGAGGACAGCGAGGAGGAAGAAGAAGAGGAGGAGGAGGAGAAGCAGGGGUUGGAUCUCUUCGUGGACCACAGCGCAGAGGAGGAUGAGGAUGGAGACGCGGAGGAAGAUGAGGAUGGGAAAGGCGAGGACGAGGAAAAUGAGGUUGAGGAUGAAGAUGGGGACCUGUCCAUGGAAAGCGACUUGGAGGAGAAGCGACCGGACACCAAGCUCCCCCACGAGCUCUCCUGGGGCCAGCGGAAGCAGCUUUACUAUGACACGGACUACGGGAGUGAUGCCCAGGCCAAGGGCAAGCGGAGCCAGCAGGAGAUCGAUGCUGAGGAGGAGGAAGAGGAGCAGGAGGCUCAGGUGAUCCAGAGGCGGUUAGUGCAGGACUUGGGGGAGGAUGACUACGGGCUGGAUAUGAUUCAGGGCUACCUGGCUGAGCAGCGCAAAACCCACGAUAGCACGGGGCAGAAGAUUGACAAGAAUCUGCAGGCCCUUUCCAAGAAGGAGCAGCUGAAGCUGCUGAAGCAGGAGUCCCCUGAGCUCCUGCAGCUGAUGGAGGACUUGGAAGUGAAGCUUAUGGAAAUCAAGGAUGAGCUGCACCCACUGCUGCAGAUGGUCAAAGACGGCACUAUCCCCCAAGGGAAGGGCAGUCGCUAUUUGCAGACCAAGUAUCAUCUGUACCUGAACUACUGUGCUAAUAUCAGCUUCUAUCUGGUUUUGAAGUCCAAGAGGGUGCCGGUUCAUAGUCACCCCAUCAUCGAACGGCUGGGGGCUUACAGAAAUAUCAUCAAUGACCUUGCUGUCAUAGACCAGAAGUUAUCCCCGCAGGUCCGUGUGCUUCUGAGGAGCUACUAUGACAAGAAGGAAGAGAGGUUACGGAAGGAAAACAAGUUUGCAGUGUUUCUCACCAUGGAUGGCAAGAAAAACAAAUCAAAACAGGCCUCUGCACUUGCUAAUGGCCAGGCUGCUGCUGCUUCUGAGUCGUCGAGUGAGUCGGAGCUGGAUGAGGAGGCUGCCCUAAAAUACUACAAGAUGAUGGAAGAGAAGCUGGCACUCAAGAGGAAGAGACCUGGAGAUGAAGACGUGCUUGGAGAAGAAGCGGUGUCGGAAGCAGAGGAUCCCAGUAAAAAGAGGGGGGUGACCUACCAGAUGAUCAAGAACAAAGGCCUCACGCCCAAAAGGAGGAAGAUUGAUCGCAACCCCAGGGUGAAGCACCGGGAGAAGUUCCGUCGUGCCAAGAUCCGCCGCAAGGGGCAGGUGCGGGAGGUGCGCAGGGAGCUGCACAGAUACGCCGGGGAGCUGUCCGGCAUCCGCGCCGGCGUCAAGAAGAGCAGGAAGCUCAAGUGACACUCACUUUUCUAUAAGAGCUGCCAGUAGCAGUCCUGAAUCCAAUAAAAGUUUUGUA